AUGGAAGAUGACUAUUACUCCGUUGAGUCGAUCCUUGCGGAGAACCAGAAGAUUCAAUGUACAUUCAAGAUUGACAUCCCAGACAUGGGUCACCUCGACGGCGGCAACGAACGCGACAUAAAAGCACUCAGCAAAGUACAGGUACCGAUGUGGAUGGCAUACAUCCUCAUAUACUCUGACUACGCGGACUUCACCAUUCCGCCUCCAUUCUCCGCUCGCGUCAGAAACGCGCUGAACGCAGAAGCACGCAGUGUGCGUCUGUCAGCUCUAGUCGGGCAAGGAGGGUUAUGGUACGGCUUCGGGAGAAUGAUCGUACGGCUCAUGAAUGAUUUACAAGCUCAGGAAAUAUCCGACCUUCUAGUCAAGACGUUCCGAGCACGCCUUACACAGGUCAUCGACCAGGCACAGCACUUUGCCUCCAUUCACGCUGCCGCGGCGUCCGGGACUGGAGGAGGCAUCAGUGCGCUUGCGAGCGACGAAGCUACGAUGUCUUUCCGAGAAGGACUCGACGGAACGGAGCGCGAGUUGUUCGUGCUGGCACAAGAUAGCACAUGGAGGACGAAACGAUGGUAUGAAACGAGCGACAGACCGCGACGGUGA